GCGCGCCCUUGUGCGCACCAGGGGAGGAUGACGCGGACCCCACCUCAGCCGAGCUCUGCGGGCAUCCCGGAAGCCGCGGUGGAGGCAGGGGCCCCGCCCGGCGCCGUGGGCCUGCUCGGGAGGCGCAGGGGAGGUCCAGACUCCUGGUCUAUUCCCUUCCAGACCUUUUCGUUCGCUCCCGGACCUUCAGGGCUCUCCCUCAAACUUUCUCCUGCCCCCUUCACGGGAGGUCCCUGUACCCUCUGGGCCUUAGGGUCCCGUAAGCCUCGGGAUCGACUUGUGCCCGGGGUGGGUGGGGCGGAAGCUUGAAUCGGUUAACCCAGGUACGCCACCUGUAGACGUAGUGGGCGAGGGGGACUUCGCUACCUUCUUAGCUUCUUCCCUGGCCCCCGCAGCGAGGGGAACCAAAUCUCUCCCAUGGUACCCCCUCUGGCGUCAGUCUGGACCGAGUGGCUACAGGUUUGACUAGGGUGGGCAGAAGAUGCACUUGGCACCUUACCGGUGUUUGAAUCCGCCUCCAUUACUCAUUAAUGGCGUGACCUUAGGCAACCCAUCUAAACGUUCCGAACUUCAGCGGUCCCCAUCUACAAUAUGGGGGUUAAUGAUAAUGCCUUCUCCGCAUGGUUGCUAGGUGGAUUAAAUGGACAUAAAGCGCCUACCCGCGCCCGGCACGUCCAAAGCUCUCAUUAACAGGUCAGCUAAUCUUAUUACGAGAGGAACCCUCCCUCCUCCGCUUCCCAGAGUGUGGGCGGUAUGAGGCCACGGAAGCAGCUGCUGCAACUAGCGUUUCAAAAUCCGGAGACUUUCUAAUGGUGGCAGAGGGUGAAGGGGUAGGGGGGAGGCGGGGUUGGGACAAGUAGAGGUAGGUUCUUUGGGACUUCCAGUCUUGGGGACCAAGCGCUUGGGAGUAGCUGGGUUUGGGCAGAAACAAGAAGGCAGAUGACGGGACCCCGCGGAGUCCGGACUUCCAUCCCUGGAGCUCACUGUCUCUCCCAGGGAACAGAGGAGUGUCCUGGUUUCUCAGCAAUGAACCAGGAGAGUGUGAGAAAGAGCAUUUGUUUCUUCUCCCGUGGCCCGACAAGCCAUUCUUCGGCAGUUCUGCGAGCAGAUUAAUUGAAACGGGCCUGGAACUUCAUCCUCUCCUCCCGAUGGAGUUGCUGGAGGUCUGCGGACACUGCCUGGUUAGCCUCCGGGACCACAGCGCCGUGGGUUUUCCCUCGUGGUGUCUGCCUUAAACUUGGGUGCUAUCAAUCUAUCCAACAAUGACGGAUGACCUUGUCAUAACGACGCCAGUCAAAACAUUUUCGUUCUAACUCUGUUCCAACCAACAUCGAAGCAUCCUGAAUGAGACCCGGAUGAAGUCUAAACAGCACGUUUCCCAGGCUCAGACAACUUGAGUGGUGGGAAAAGAAAAAGAAACAAGCAGAAAUCAGGAAAGAAUGGCUAUUAAUUGUUCAGACUGGCAAGUGCUAAAUAAGUUAGGUUGUUUGGAGAAAGAUAAAUGCCGUUUUUUUUCUUUGCGGUAUGGCCAGAACCCCGGCGAUGGGAAAGUACCUCCUGAAUCGGUCAAUUUCACACACCCUACCUGUGCCCUCUACCAUCUACUAUCGAAAAUGCCAGGAAGAGCUGGGGGGCAAGUGCCUAAUUCGUGGAUGCGAGACUGCAUCGAAGGGCUGCCCUGGCACAAAGUCUGGGGAGAGGGCAUGGUGGAGGUGGGGCUGCACUCCCACCCUGCCCCUCUAACACCAGGUUUUGAGUAGAGAAACCUAUGCGAGACCUCCUGGGGCAGCCGCAGGCAGCUGACUCAAACAGCCUCGCCCGUGUCCCGGAGCAGUUGUGCCACCAGAUGUAACACUGGAUACUUGUCUGCGGGCCCCAACAAGGAGAGGGAAAGAGCCCUCCAGAAGACAACCCUAGAGGGGAUCAGCAGAGCGCUGGGUGGUGUGCAGACUCUAUUGCAGCCGCCUCCCAGCCCCACGGCCAAGCUUGAGUCCCUCCAGGACCAGCCACUCUCGGUCCCAGGACCCUCGGUCCCACGCCUCCCUGCACCGACAAGCCUCCCUCCUGGGCUGCAGACAGAGGGUUUCACUGCAGCGCGCAACCCGUCCAGCUCCGCCCCCAACUUUUCUCCCCGGAGGAUUUAUGUUAGAGGUUGCGUGGCGGGCGAGUGGACUCUGGCACCCAGAAGCACUCCUGGAAAAACUGAGCCGGGCAAAAGCGCAAACCCGGUACUGGCGGCGCGGGCUUGCUCCAGCGCGGACACCACAGCAUGUGCGGAGAUGCAUUCCGGUUCCCGCGUUUCCACUGCUUUCAAGAUCAGGGCACUGAGCUGGGACCCAGAAAAGACAUAUCAUGGGCAGAAAGAGACAACAGGCUAGCGGGAGACGUCACGCCAAAAAAAACGGGGGAUGGGAGGGCGGAGGAGUUUGUGCGGGAAAGGCGCUCUGGCGGUGUGGGUCGGGCCGAGUUAGAACUUCCUUCUUCCCUCUCCCCUCCUCUU